AUGUCACCCUGUCAUUUGUAUUUUAUUAUUGGGUUUCCUUCGAUAUUGCAGGGUAGUGAAUCUGAUUCUGAUGCAGACAGGGUGAGAGGUCGUAAAAGAGAAAUUAUUAAGAAAGGUCGUCACAGGCAUGAUUCUAGGGAGGAUUACUCUGAUUCUGAUGGUGGGAGGGAAAAGAAGAGAGUUCAGAAAAUUCGUAACACGCAUGACUCCAGUGAGGAUGGCUCUGAUUCUGAUGAUGGGAGGGAAAAGAAAGGUGAAGUUAAUAAACGAAAGAAUGAGUUGACUGUGAACGAGAGGAGGGAGGGGGACGACAUCAAUAGUGAAUCUGAUUCUGAUGAGGACAGAAUGAGAGGUCGUAAAAAGGACACGGUAAAGAAAGGUUCUCGUAGAAACGACUCAAGUGAGGAUGACUCUGACUCGGCUGAUAGGAGGGAAAGGAAGAAAAGCGAAUCUGAUUUUGAUGUAGAUGGAGCAAGAGAUCGGAAAAAGGAAAUAGUAAAGAGACAUGGCCAUAGGUAUGAUACAGAAGAUGACAAUGAUUCUAAUAGAAGUGAUGAAAAAGUGGAAAAGGGUAGGAGAAGAGGUAGGAGACAUGAUUCUGAUGAUGAUGAAAAUUCCAAUUGGUCCCAUGGUAGGAGAAGUGGAAAGGCUACAACAGCAAGAGAAAGGACUGCUAGGAAAUUGGUGUCUCCGAGUGAUGAUGGUGAUGCAAGUCCUAGUGACUCUGACAAAGACAGAAGAGGACAUAGAAGUGAUGAUGACAGUCACGGUGUUAGAGGUAGUCGUCGAUAUCAAGAAGGAAAGGACUUCGCAUCUUCUGCAGCCAAGAGUGAUGAGAGAAAGGGAAGAACCCUAAAUAAGGGUGAAAGAUUAGAGAGAUUGCAGAAAUCAGGGAACAAUAGGGAAAUGAUGAAGGGCAAGAGGAAGCUCGAUGAUGAGUACCAUGACGAGCAGCCAGAAUUGAAGUCAAGAAGCCGAAACUUAGGCAUGGGUUCUUUUCUGAUUUUUCAGUAG